UGUAGCCCGGCGGGGCUCCAUGUGGGACCGGACGUUGAGGCCUUUUGUCCGCUAAGCGGCCGGGUCGGGUCGGGUCGGGCCGGGUCGGCUCUGCUUUCCCAAGACUCUACCCUUUUCAAGAAGCCAAGAGGAGAAAGAGGCCAUGGUUCCUGUGCUCCUGGCGGCCAGCUCCCAGGUCAGUUGGGAUGCCAGCUCCUCUCUCAGAGAGCAGGAAUCGGUGACAUUCAAAGAUGUUGCAGUAGAUUUCACCCAAGAUGAGUGGAGGCAGUUGAACCAGGCUCAGAGGGACCUGUAUCGGGACGUGAUGCUGGAGAACUAUCAGAACCUGGUCUCUCUGGGACUGCUGGUUUUUCAACCAGAUGUGUUCUCCCAGUUGCAGAGGGGUAAAGUCCUUUGGAUACCAGAGGGAGACAUUCCAAGAGGCCCUUGCGCAGAUUUCCUUACUCAAGAAACAAGUCAGGAUACCACGGAGCCAGUUGCAAAGCAAGGCAUUUUUAUGGGAAAGUCAUCUAAGGAAAUACACAUGAUGAAUGGUCCUUGGAGUUACAAAUUGAGAGAAGACUGGGAAUAUGAUGUCAGGCUACAGAGGCAAAAGAACAACAAAGAUAGAAAAUCCAAACAAAUGACAAUCACUAAUAAAUAUAAUACGUUUGAGAAGAAUUUCAGUCUGGGUUUAAUCCAUGUUCCACAGCAGAAAACAGCAGAGGGGGAAAGUCUCUACAAAUGUGGUAUAUGGGGAAAGAGCUCCCAGCAGUAUUCAAACAUUCUUAAAUGUGAUCAAAUUUCUGGUAAGCAGCUGUGGAAAUCCACUAUAUCUAGGAAGUCCUUUAGUUAUCAUACAGACCUUAUUCAGUAUCACAAAAAACUUAGUGAAGAAAAACCAUAUGAAUGUAACAAAUGUGGGAAGAACUUCAGCAACAGGUCAUCCCUCAGAGGACAUCAGAGAAUUCAUACUGGGAAGGAACCCUUUAUAUGCUAUGAAUGUGGAAAAGCCUUUGUAGAGAGAGGAAAACUUACCACACAUGAAAGAAUUCAUUCUGGAGAGAAACCUUUUAAAUGUAACAAGUGUGGAAAAGCCUUUAGCUACCUAGGACGUCUUACUAAACAUAAGAGAAUUCAUACUGAAGAUAAAUCUUUCGUGUGCAAUGAGUGUGGGAAAUCCUUUUUGGAGAGAGGAAAACUUACUGAACACAAGAGAAUUCAUUCUGGAGAGAAACCCUUUGAAUGUGAUCAAUGUGGGAAGGCCUUCAGCAAUAGCUCAUCCCUCAGGGUUCACUGGAAACUUCAUACAGGAGAGAAAUAUAAGUGUAAUGAAUGUGGGAAGGCUUUCAGUAGAAGCUCAUCAUUUAGGAAACAUCGGAGAAUUCAUACUGGAGAGAAACCCUUUGUGUGCAAUGAGUGUGGAAAAGCCUUCCUAGACAAGUGGAAUCUUACUGCGCAUCAGAGAAUCCAUACUGGCGAAAAGCCCUUUGAAUGUAAUGAAUGUGGAAAGGCAUUUAGCUAUACUGCAAGCCUUCUUGAACAUAUGAGAAUUCAUACUGGAGAGAAACCAUUUGAUUGUGAUGAAUGUGGGAAAACCUUUCGCCACAGAAAAAGUCUUACUGCUCAUAAGAGAGCCCAUACAAAAGAAAAACCUUUUGCAUGUGAUAAAUGUGGGAAAACCUUCAGUAACAGAUCAAACCUUACAUUGCAUUGGAGACAUCAUACAGGAGAAAAACCUUUUGAAUGUAAUGAAUGUGGAAAAGCCUUUUUAGAGAGAGGAAAGCUUACCACACAUGAAAGAAUUCAUUCUGGAGAGAAACCCUUUGAAUGCAAUGAGUGUGGAAAAGCAUUUAGGACCCCAGUAAGUCUUACUAAACAUAAAAGAAUUCAUACUGGAGAGAAACCUUUUAAAUGUAAUGAGUGUGAAAAAGCCUUUAGCUACCUAGGAAGACUUACUGAACAUAAGAGAAUUCAUACUGGAGAGAAACCCUUUGUGUGCAAUGAGUGUGGGAAAUCCUUUUUGGAGAGAGGGAAACUUACCGAACACAAGAGAAUUCAUUCUGGAGAGAAACCCUUUGAAUGUGAUCAAUGUGGGAAGGCCUUCAGCAAUAGCUCAUCCCUCAGGGUUCACUGGAAACUUCAUACAGGAGAGAAAUAUAAGUGUAAUGAAUGUGGGAAGGCUUUCAGUAGAAGCUCAUCAUUUAGGAAACAUCGGAGAAUUCAUACUGGAGAGAAACCUUUUGUGUGCAAUGAGUGUGGAAAAGCCUUCCUAGACAGGUGGAAUCUUACUGCACAUCAGAGAAUCCAUACUGGUGAAAAACCCUUUGAUUGUAAUGAAUGUGGAAAGGCAUUUAGCUAUACUGCAAGCCUUCUUGAACAUAUGAGAAUUCAUACUGGAGAGAAACCAUUUGAUUGUGAUGAAUGUGGGAAAACCUUUCGCCACAGAAAAAGUCUUACUGCUCAUAAGAGAGCUCAUACAAAAGAAAAACCUUUUGCAUGUGAUAAAUGUGGGAAAACCUUCAGUAACAGAUCAAACCUUACAUUGCAUUGGAGACAUCAUACAGGAGAAAAACCUUUUGAAUGUAAUGAAUGUGGAAAGGCCUUCAGCAAUAGCUCAAACCUUAGGAAACAUGGAAGACUUCAUGCUGUUGAAAAACCCUUUGCAAUGACUGUGGGAAAGUCUUCAGAGAGAAGAUAAAGAUUGCAUAAGAAAACUCAUACUGGUGAGAAAACUUUUCAGUUAAAUGAGUAUGGAAGAGCCUUUGCCUAUCCAAUAGGUCUUGACUGAACAUAAGAUAAUUCGUAUUGGAUUAAAGCCCAUACCAGGUAAUAAACAUGGAAAACCUUUGAUCACAACUCAUCCCUCAGGAAUCAUAAGAAGCACACUGCAUAAAAACAAUAUCAGUAAAAUGAUUAUGGGAAAGCCUUUAACAAUUCCUGCCUUAUGAAUCAAUAGCAAAUUCAGGUUGGAGAAAUACCACGUGUGUAAUGAAUAUGGGAAUGUCUUCAGAAACAUCUCAUCCUUUAGAGAAUUUUAUAGAAUUUCAGAACUGAAGGCCCCUCAAGGGCCCUCUGGACCAACCCAAACCCAUAUAAGACUUGUGCCGGCCGUGCCAUGCACUCUCCUCCUAUGAGGAUCAGGCUGCUAGGGUCAUACUUACCAGUCUUUGGUGCCC